AUGGUCAUUUUAGGACUUUUUAUUUCAGCAACACUUGAUAACGUUACAUCAUUAGCCCCAUCUGAUCCUUUCAAUUAUUAUUAUACAUUUAAGGUUCAAUGUACUUCAUGCAGAGAAACACAUUCUAAUCUGGUAAAAUUAUCUCGUAGUGAAACUGUUGAAAUCCCGCACAGUCGUGGAAAAGCAUCAUUUGUUUGGAAAUGUCGAUAUUGCCAAAGAGAAAAUUCUGCCAACAUUGAAGGAGAAAUGUCUGAGUAUAUGUUUGAAAUGUCACCUUCUAUAUCCCAUAUUAUUUCAUUUGAAUGCAGAGGCUGUGAAUUUAUAGAAUUUUAUCCAGAUGGUGAAUGGUCCUGCAAAGGUUUUGAAUCAGGAACCCCAUUUCAUGAAAUAAACUUAAAUGAAGGCGAAUGGUAUGACUAUGAUGAAAAAAGCCAGACUGAAGUAUCUAUUACGAACAUUAAAUGGGAAAUAAGAAGAGCAUAA